ACGCGUUUCGAAUUUUCCGCGAUCGUUCGGCCUGGGGCGGAAAAAUUUUGACGGAUCUGCCUUUUUGUUACAAUCGUCGAGGAGGUGAUAUUCGAGUGAAAUGAAUUGCGGCUAAUGAUCGUGUCUUAGUGAUAGCAGCAAGAAGUCCAUAAUUGCGGAUCAAUCGGUGAGAAAUUGAACAACCUUAAUGGCAAGCGACGAUCAUCAUUAGCGAUCGCGAGCGACGGCUGUGCAAGAUCCGAAGAUGCCCGAAAAAGGAACAAAUUCGCUGCGGUCCACGGAAAAAUGACAGUUCCAUCAUAGCGGCGGAGAAUAGGAAAAUUGGACCGCGACAUACUCGCACACACUUUCACAAGACCAAUCUCUCGGUGGAAAACAGAGAGAGAAGGAGCGCGAGAUCGAAGUGACGGGAAAAUUUUUUGCGAGAGUUUGACGAGAUCAUCAACAUCAGCAGCACGUGUGUUGGAAAAGGAGAGCGUCGAAAACAAAACAGCCACAAGAGAAUUCUUACAGUGGCGUUCAGCAACUGAGUGGAAAAUGUGAUUUAUGAUCGGAUCCGGAGAUCGGGAAAAUUGGAAGUGUUUUCUUGAGAUUCAGACACGAAAUUUGGAUACAUAAAAAUUUAUGUAGAGGAAUCGAUUGUAGGAGACCAAGCAACAAAUACUACAGUAGAGGAAGAAGAGAAGACUAGAUAAGUCUUAGUACGAUUACCUCCACAACAGUAAAAAUGAACCGCCAACGAUCCUCGGUACGCAGUCGAGGUUCGUCCUCGACCACGACCAGCGAUCCUCGCGAAAAGGUGAAGGACUGCUGCCGAAAGUUCAUCGCGUUCAUGUGCACCCAAGUGGGUGUUGGCGGGCUGAUCGUUGUAUACGCCUUGGUCGGGGCGGCCAGUUUUAUGUCGAUCGAGACGCAGGAACCUAAUCCACUGAUCGAAUAUGUAGCUGUGCUGCGGAGAAAUUGUGCCGCUGAACUGUGGGACGUUACGGAGCAGCACAAUCUGUUCAAUAGUUCGAUUUGGCAUUUGGAGGCCGAUGAGGUGUUGAAGCGGUAUCAGGACGACUUUGCGGAAGCGAUCAAAAAGGGAUACGACGGAAGGACGCCUGAGGAGGUGUGGAACUUCCCGGCGGCUUUGAUGUUCUGUCUGGCGGUUUUUACCAUGAUCGGGUAUGGUAAUAUGGUGCCGAGGACAGGCUGGGGAAAGGGAGCCACGAUGAUCUACGCGACGUUUGGGAUACCGCUGUAUAUUUUGUAUUUCAUGAACAUGGGAAAGGUCUUGGCAUCUACGUUCAAGUGGUUGUAUACGUGGCUUCACGAGUGUAGCCAUGGGCAUGAUGAAGAUCUAGGGUUAGAGGACGGGAAUGGAGUGCCUCAGCGUAAGAGGAUAAUAGUGCCGACGACGGCCUGCCUUUGGGUCAUAACGAUCUACAUAGCAACGGGGACGAUUAUGUUUGCGGAGUGGGAGAAAUGGAGCUAUCUAGAUUCGGCGUACUUCUGUGUUACCAGUUUGUGUAAGAUCGGGAUAGGGGAUUUGGUGCCUGGAGCGAACAUUUUGGACUCCCAAAGUGGAAAACCCACCAAGUUGGUGAUAAACUUUGUCUACAUGCUGCUGGGUAUGGGUCUGGUGGCCAUGUGUUACAUUUUGAUGCGCGAAGAGGUUAGGAUCAAGAUGCAGGAGAUCAAAGAGGACACCCGACUGUGUCUCGAAGAUAUGAGUGCCAAAUUUGCCAAGUGUUUCGGUAGCAAUAAAGAUGCACAGUACUAUGAUUGAUACAAAUCGUUUACAUAUUCCAACAGAACAAAGAAAAAGAUUACAGUGACUUUGUGAGCGUGUUUAGUUCUUUUAUCUCAUUAGAUUAAAUACCAACUUCCUAAACAAUGUAUUGAUACAAGGUGACAAAAGUGUUCAUUUGUUGCUUAUAGAA